UUUGUCUGUGCACUUUGCACGUGCAGUGUGCUGGUUAUAAUUGCUCGCGAUUGCACUGUAUAAUAAAGUUGAAUAAAAAUAUAGUGUGAUAUAACUGCUAUGGCAUCAAUGGAUACAAAAUCGGAGUCUACAGAGGGUAGCUCGAAGAGCUCUGAGAAAGAUAGCACGGAUGAAAAAGACAAGCCAACCUGUAUAAUAGUGCUUGGAAUGGCAGGUUCAGGAAAAACUACAUUUGUCACCCAACUUGUAACUAAAAUGUACGACGGCGAUAAACCCUACGUUAUUAACUUGGACCCUGCAUGCAACGAAGUUCCUUAUCCUGCUAAUAUUGAUAUAAGAGAUACAGUCAAUUACAAAGAAGUCAUGAAACAAUAUAGUUUAGGACCAAAUGGAGGAAUCGUCACGGCCUUAAAUUUAUUUUCAACUAAAUUUGAUCAGGUCAUAGAUCUCGUGAAAAAAGCAGGAAUAAAUCACAAAUAUGUAGUUAUAGAUACACCAGGUCAAAUUGAGGUUUUCACUUGGUCAGCCAGUGGUGCAAUUAUAACGGAAGCAUUGGCAUCUCAUUUUCCCACUGUAAUUGUUUAUGUUAUGGACACUGUUCGAAGUGUCAAGCCUGUUACAUUUAUGUCCAAUAUGCUGUAUGCUUGCUCUAUUUUAUACAAAACUAACAAGUUGCCUUUGAUUGUGGUAAUGAACAAAACUGAUAUAGUGGAUCACAGCUAUGCCAUUGAAUGGAUGCAAGACUUUGAAGCGUUUCAAGAGGUACUGGAGUCCGAAACGUCUUACAUCAGUAAUUUAACACGCAGUAUGGCACUUGCUCUUGAUGAAUUCUACAAUAAUCUACUCUGUUGCGGAGUUUCAUCGAUAACAGGAACUGGAAUUUCAAACUUUCUUACACUUGUUACUAAUGCUAGGAAGGAGUAUUACGAACACUACCGAGUUAAGUGGCAACAAAUUCGGGAUAAAAAAGUGAAGGAACAGCAGAAAAAAAAAGAACAGCAAUUGUUGAGUGCAGCAAAAUCUACUUCUGGAGAACAGGUUCCUCUCAUUACAACAGUCAAUAGUGGAAGAGAAAUAUCUGAUAUUUAUUUGAAGCACCCAGCAAAUGAAUCAAGUGAAGAUGAAGAAGGUACGGAAAAUGCCACUGAAGUAGAUGAAGAUGAACGUAAAGAAGCUGAAUCAUUUAAGAACUUUUUGGAAAAACACAAACAAGAUCAUGAAAAAAGAACCAUGAAUCAACAGUCAUCUUCUAAUGAAUCAUAG